AUGAUCAUCGGUACGCAAAAUGUGCGCACAGUUGCACUUAUGUUCAUUGUGCUUAUUUAUUUAAUGCUUGGUGCUGCUGUUUUUAAUGCUUUGGAAUCUAAAAGAGAAAUUGCUAAUCGUCUUAUAUAUAAACAGAAAAUAGCUCGUAUUCUAUAUAGAACUGAUACAGUUCCAAAUGAAACUCUUUUUGUUAGUUUAACUACAGCAAUAUUUGAAAAUCGACAUUUUCGUCGUGGUACAGCUAAACAAUGGACAUUUCCAGGUGCUUUCUAUUUUUCCACAUUAGUUGUAACUUUAAUUGGUUAUGGUCAAACAACACCAAAAACAAUGGGCGGAAAAAUAUUUUGUAUGGUCUAUACCGUUGCCGGGGUGCCUCUAAAUUUAAUUAUGUUUCAAUCCGUUGGCGAACGAUUGAAUGCUAUUAUUUCAUUCGUAUUAUCACGUCUAAAACGUUUCUUAGGUCUUCGUCGACAGAAAGUAUCCGGUUUUGAAUUGAUCGCUGUAGAAUUUGGUAUGACAACAAUGCUUGUACUCUGCGGUUCAAUUGUUUUUAGUACAUAUGAAGAAUGGACAUAUUUCGAAUCAAUUUAUUAUUCUCUUGUUACUUUUUGGACUAUUGGUUUUGGUGAUAUGGUACCAUUGGCUAGUUUACAACGUAACGGUCAUUCAUUGUAUUCUCGUUGGGGAUAUUUUAUAUUUACUAUGUCAUUUAUAUUAUUUGGACUAGCACUUGUAGCUUCUUCAUUAAAUUUAUUGGUACUUCGUCUUGCUCAGUUUCAUUCCGAGAAUGGUAUUGGUGGUAUAUCAGCUCUUCUUGGUCGUAAUGAAGAAGAACUUAUAGCUGCUGCUAUUGCUGAACAUCGUGCAUCUAUUUGUCCUCAACAACGUAAUCGUAUAUGUUCGAAUACAAAUAGUCUUAAUCAAUCUCAUAAAGCAUUAUCACCAUUUCUCUCUCUAAAAACUAAUUCACGAUGGUCAUUAUCAUCAUCAUCAUCAACAUCAUCGGAUAAGAAAUCAGAUUUUAUUGUAAAUUCACAUGAUAAAACUUGUUGUUCUGCAUUUUCUUGUCUUAAUCGUGGAAAACGUAAACGACGAUAUUGGCAUUUACGACGUUCGCCUCAAAAUAUUAAACAUUUACUCUAUUUCAAUCAACUAUUGGAUAAUAAUAAAUUACAAUUUGUACGUAAAUCAUUGAUUUCUAAUCAAUAUCAUCAACAUCAUCAACAUCAUCAUCAUCAAAUUACAAAUCACGUACCUCGAAUAAACUCACAAAUGCAACAUAGAAUAUCAAUUUAA